AUGUCUUCUCUUAGACGUCAAAAAUCUAACACUAUUACUGUUCAUACACGGGUUAAAGAAUAUGAAAGUAUAUUUCGAGCUGAUAAUGGUUUACUAUUUUGUAAUUAUUGUGACCUUUCAGUUGAUUGGAAACAUAAAUCAACAAUUGAUGCACAUUGCGCAAGUAAAAAACAUUUAACACAACAAAAGCUUUAUGAA